AUGAAUAUAAGCGGCAAGAUGAAACCAAACAUGGAACAAGCGUGGGAGGAGGAAUUGGGGAGAGAGACAAUGCGGUCCAUGGAAAUGUCAAAGUCGGCUUCUUUCAAAGAAGAAAAACAAGAUAUCGAACGUACAGCAACGUCGUCAGCAGAACAAUCGAAGAGUGUCCUGGCAUUGCGCAUUAUCGUGUACAUCACCUUGGUUCUAUCGAUUGCAGGGAUUAUAGCGGGAAUGCUAUCACUGGUUGGCAAGGGGAAACAAGAAGCCUUCGAAGAAGAGAUCGAGCGUAUAUCAGAUGAUGCCAUGUUGAUUUUGGGAUCUUUCAUUCAUAGCAUCAGUUCUCAACUAUCAGAUCUGUCCACCACACUCACGGCGCAAUACGUGUCCAAUACCAAUGAUGCUGGCGGUGAUGCCAUUGCACCAGGAUUUCCUGGUAUCACACUUCCUUUCUUCGAUCAAAGGGUACAGGUCCAUCCAGAAGCUGAUGUGGUAUUCUAUACCCCCAUUCUCUCGAGUGACGUCACUAGCAAACGAGAAUGGGAAGACUAUGCAUCUCAAAAGCAAGGAUGGAUUGAUGAGGACCUGCAAAAUCGAGGAUGGACUCCCAUCAAUACGGAGAUUCCAUACUUCAUUCAUCAGUACACUGGGGAAGACCUCGAUUUCAAUUCCUUUCAGAAUGUUGCGGCACCAAUUUGGCAAUUUUCACCGCCUCCAAAGGAUCGAUCCAUCAUCAAUAUGGAUGCUUUGACGUAUCCGUAUACAAUACAAAUAAUCGAAGAGUCUCUGGCGAAGAAGGGUACCAAUGAACCUUUGCUCUCUGAGUCGUUUGAUUCUGAAAUGCUACUGCAAGAUACUGAAUUUAUGAAUUCGACAACCCCUCGAACGCUACUGUCCAUGGCAGUACUCAAGACCUUUAGCACCAAUGACAGCACUGAAACUCCAGAAGUUGUGGGUCAAAUGUUUGCGCUCAUGUCUUGGGAGAAAGCUUUGGGCGAAGCCUUUGAAGGUGUUAAUAUUGACCUACAGCUGGACGUACAAGAAUCGUGUGGAUUGGGCUUCUCUUUUAUCCUUCAUGGAGGCAAUAUCGCGCCACUUCCUACUUCUGCCAGUGCCUUUGCGUUGAGCGAUACACAGGUCGUACGAACCUUGGACCACUUGGAAAGCUGCCAGUACACGUUCACAAUUCGGCCAACGGGAGGUAGCGAAGUCCAUAGUGCUCCUGCUGCCCUUCCCACUGCAGCUGCAAUCAUAGCUUGUUGCAUCGCCUUGUUCCUGAUGGUAGUCUUUCAUUUGCACAAUCGACUAUCGAAAGCUCGUGAAGCGAAACUAUUUGCAUCGGCUCAGUCUUCUGCGGCUAUGGUCUCCUCUCUCUUUCCUAGCGCUGUUCAAUCGCGACUCAUGGCGGAGGUGGAGGGCAAGAAGCAAGACAAUCGCCGUCUGAUCUUGGAACGAAGCGGAUCGAUGAAUUUCCAAGCGGCCAAAGAACUCGUCGACAGCAAGCCGAUUGCUGAUUUCUUUCCCGAAGCUACUAUCAUGUUUGCGGAUAUCUGUGGCUUUACUGCGUGGAGUAGUAUGCGAGAACCCAGUCAAGUGUUUACUCUCCUCGAAUCGUUGUAUCAUAGCUUUGACCAAAUCGCUCGACGACGCAAGGUAUUCAAGGUUGAAACGAUCGGAGAUUGUUAUGUUGCAGUCGUCGGUCUUCCAGAGCCAUGCAAAGGGCACGCAGUAGUAAUGAGUAGAUUUGCCAAUGAUUGUUUGAUAAAAAUGAAAAAGGUUGUCAAGGCAUUGGAAGUAUCUCUUGGUCCGGACACAGCUGACUUGGGACUCCGAGUUGGACUCCAUAGUGGUCCAGUGACCGCUGGGGUCCUUAGAGGAGACAAGGCUAGAUUCCAACUCUUUGGAGAUACUGUGAAUACCUGUAGCAGAAUCGAGACCACUGGGAAACAAGACAAGAUUCACAUAUCAAAAGAAACGGCAAAUAUUUUACUCACUGCUGGAAAGGACCACUGGAUCGAGCAGCGUGAAGACAAGGUCACGGCGAAGGGCAAAGGUGAACUGACAACAUUUUGGCUCACUAUUACAAAGGACAAGAAGGAUGCCAGCGCCAGUGCUGCGAUGUCAGCUUCUUUGCACACUCUCCUUUCAAUGUCUUCAAGAUCUGCUGGGGAUGAAGUUAGUGAAAAACAUAAUCGAUUGGUUGACUGGAUCACAAAUGAGCUUGCUGUGCUUCUUCGGGUUGUCGAGAUGACGAGAAUGACAUCACGAUCGGUCACGAAAACAAAUGAACUUGCGGUGGCAUCGCUGGAACGAGCAUCAUUGGACACAACCAUGAAAUCCACCCCUUUGAAUGAAAUUAAGGAAAUCAUCGACAUACCACCGUUUGAUCCUUCGUUUCGAGAAUUGCCCGGUUUGGGCGACUUUAAUCUAUCACUGGAUGUUCUUAUCGAGCUUCGCGAUUUUGUCAAUCACAUUGCAAUGAUGUACAGAGAAAACCCAUUCCACAAUUUCGAGCAUGCUUCACAUGUUUCAAUGUCGGUUGUAAAACUGUUGACAAGGAUUGUGACACACAGCAAUACUGAACAAGAUAUUGAAGAGCUUCAUCACCAAACUUAUGGUAUUGCAUCUGAUCCUCUGACACAGUUUACCAUGGUGCUGUCCGCAUUGGUACACGACGUGGACCACCCUGGUGUUUCCAAUGCACAGCUUGUGAAGGAGAAGACAUCACUUGCACAAUUGUACAACAAUAAGAGUAUUGCUGAACAGAAUUCAGUUGACAAGACCUGGAUCUUGUUGAUGGAGGGUGACUACCAGAAUUUGCGAAACGCGAUCUAUAAGACGGAAGCUGAAUUCAUUCGGUUCCGGAGCGUACUCGUGAAUACUGUAAUGGCAACCGACAUUAUGGACAAAGAACUAGCAGCCGCACGAAAGGCCAGAUGGGAGAAAGCCUUUAACCCAGAGCUUGACGAAGACCCUGUCACUGCGUCCAACCGAAAGGCAACAAUCGUUUUGGAACAUCUUAUUCAAGCAUCAGAUGUUGCACAUACAAUGCAGCAUUGGCAUAUCUACAGAAGGUGGAACGAGCGAUUGUACAACGAAAUGUACAAGGCUUUUGAGAACAAACGAGGAGACUCCAACCCCACAGAUGGGUGGUACAAAGGCGAGAUUGGAUUCUAUGACUUUUACAUCAUUCCAUUGGCCAAGAAGCUCAAGGAUUGUGGUGUAUUCGGUGUCUCUAGUGACGAGUACUUGAUUUACGCCCAACAAAACCGCAGAGAAUGGGAGCUGAAUGGAAAAGCAGUAGUCGAGAGCAUGAAGCCAAACCUUAGUCGGACCUCGAGUAACAACUCCCUGAUUGAAAUCGUGGAAAAAAAGGUACCAAGCGCCGUGUUGUCUCAGAGUAAUUGUGAAUUCAAAACCAAUUCAGACCGGGAAUCGGAGCCACUGCCAUCUUCGUUUUCCAUAUUGAUCAUUGACGAUGACAAGAUCUCGCGAAAGCUGUUGUCAAAGGCAUUGAAAAAGAUUGCGCCAGAUUGGAGGAUCAACGAAGUCGAAUCCGGAGAAGAGGCUCUUCCUUUGGCUUCCAGUUCGGACAAAAAAUUUGAUUUGAUAUUUGUGGAUGAAUAUUUGGGAAACAAGCCAGGCGCACUCUUGGGCUCAGAUGUAGUUACCAAGCUGAGGGAACAAGGAUUUGGUAGAUUGAUUUGUGGGAUGUCUGGAAGUGAUGCACAUGCAUCCUUCAAGGACGCUGGUGCGGAUUCCUUUGUGUUCAAACCUCUUCCAUUCCGCCCCGAUGCGCUGACCAAAGAACUGGGCCGAAUUAUUGCCCUGUCGAGCACUGCUUGA